UCUGUACACUAGCUAGCGACUAUUGAUAGAUUGAUCAAUCACUUUGAGAUUAAAACGAAGUAAAGUGAAACCGUUGAAGAAGAAGCUAACAUCAUGAACUGUUGCAGUUCAGCAGUUACUAACAGCACAAGUUACUCCGCCACUAUUGGUGGUCGUUGCGGCGGCGUAAGCGGUGGUUGUGUUCCUCACCUCCGCCACGCACGUCUAUCAUUUUCUUCCUCUUUCCAAUCCAAAUCUCAUUCCAUUUUCCAUUCCAAAUCACAACGCAAAAGCAUAAUUUCAUGUUCAUCAUCAAAUAGCGAUAAAGUGAAACUCCUUCGUGAAGUCCUUGAUUCAGCAGGUGUUCAUCAAGGUCCUGCAUGUUUCGAUGCACUGAGUGCAAAUCUAGUUGAAUCCGCUGGUUUUCGUUUGUGUUUCACAAGCGGUUUUUCAAUCUCUGCUUCUCGAUUAGGAUUGCCUGAUACAGGUUUUUUGUCUUAUGGUGAAAUGAUUGAUCAAGGUUCACUCAUUACUCAAUCUGUUAAUAUUCCUGUUAUUGGUGAUGCUGAUAAUGGUUAUGGCAAUGCUAUGAAUGUUAAAAGAACUGUUAAGGGUUAUAUCGCCGCUGGUUUUGCCGGAAUCAUUCUCGAAGAUCAGGUAUCCCCGAAAGCGUGUGGUCACACACAAGGGAGGAAAGUGGUGUCUAGAGAAGAGGCUGUUAUGCGGAUUAAAGCUGCAGUUGAUGCCAGAAAUGAGAGUGGAUCUGAUAUUGUGAUUGUGGCUCGAACUGAUGCACGCCAAGCACUGUCUCUAGAUGAAGCACUCUACAGGUCAAGGGCAUUUGCUGAUGCUGGAGCUGAUGUUGUUUUUAUAGACGCACUCGCCUCCAAACAAGAGAUGGAAGCUUUUUGUCAAGUUUCUCCUCUUGUUCCAAAAAUGGCCAAUAUGCUUGAAGGAGGAGGCAAAACACCAAUACUCACUCCUCUUGAACUUGAAGACAUUGGUUAUAAAAUUGUUGCAUAUCCCCUUUCCUUGAUCGGGGUUUCUAUACGAGCAAUGCAGGAUGCACUGACUGCUAUUAAAGGAGGCCGUAUUCCUCCUCCAGGAAGCAUGCCACCUUUUGAAGAAAUUAAGGAUAUUUUAGGUUUCAAUGCGUAUUAUGAAGAAGAGAAGCGUUAUGCUACAACUACCGAUCAACUGCUUUCAAAGAGAGAGAGCAGUAGCCUAUACAGUAUACAACAGAGAGAGCAAGUUGAUACAGAGCAGACAAGUCAAACUAUCAAAGAUCCCAUUGUGGAAGUUAUAACACCUGAUUUGUACAAUAAAUAUGGUGCAGAUAGUUCAAGGGACCCUUUUUCUGGAAUCUGGUCCCGGACUCUGAGAAUUAAAAUAACUGGCAGAGAUGGAAUCGAGAAACUUGAUCUUCGGAUUCCUGCUGGAUUUCUGGAUGGAAUAACAAACAUAGUUCCUGCUUUGGGUGGGGUAAACCUCAAAAAACUACUGGAUGAUGCAACAGAGGAAAUUGGGGGUAAACUGUUAGAUUUUAAUGACAGAAUGGGUGACAGGAUUCAAGUAUUUCUGGAAUAAUUCCACAUCGCUUCAGUUUCUUAAAUCUAAUGUUCAUAUUGAUAAAUGUGAUCGCUGGAAGCUAAGGAUUAAAGCCUAAUUCCGGCACAACAGCAUUGGUUGUAGGUCAUGUAUUUAUCAUUCAAAUACGAAAGAAGAACCAGUUAAGUCAGCAACUACAGUCAUGAAUGGGAAAAUUCAUCAAACAAUAUUUGAUAUCAGAGGGAAUUUUGCCACAUUUUCUCACAUAUUUAUAUUUCUUUGUUCUUGCUGCAACAUAUAUGAUGGGCUUCUUAAGACUAGAAAAUUUCCUCUUUUUCUGGCUAUUGAUGUUUGUUGUACUAACUAGUAAGAUGCUUGUACAUCUGUAUAAAGCACUUUUCGUUUU